AUGGCAAGUACAAAUGACGAUGAAUAUGUUGGUGGUGAACGCAAUCGUUCAAGUUUUUUCUAUCGUUCGUUAUCACCAUGUUCGUUUGAGCGAUUACGCACGGAAAAUAGUGAUUAUUUUUAUAAACCAAAACGUGGUCCGUCUACAAUGAAAUCAAAUAUAACUAUAACGCGACCAAUAAAAACAUUUGAGUCUGUCACAAAACUUGUUGAACUUCUAACAAAAAAGCCUACUAAUGGACAAAAUCAAAAUGGAGAAAAUAUUGAAUCAUCAUCAUCACUGUCAAAAACACUUCAUGAACAAAAAUCAUCGUCGUCACAUUAUUCAAGUCUUUUAUCGAUGGACGAUGGAGAUGCAUCGUCAAGUAGUUCGUCAACUUUUUCAUCACGAUCCAACUCGUCUAUAUCAACGAUACCGGAACAUGAAUCUCAAGUUGUUGUUAUUGAAGAAGAAAUAUCUGAAUUAUUAAUUCCUACAACUGUACCAUCGCAAAACGAAGAAUCAAAUCUAACGUUAGAUGAUCAAAAGGAUAAUUAUUCAUCACCAUCCUAUGAUGUACCUGCCAUUGGAAUUGAUAUAACAAUGACGGGCGUAGCUCUUGUGUUAAUAGAACUCUAUCCUCAAAAUGUCGAUUAUUCUACAGUAAUUUUCCAACGUUAUCUGAUUUCAUUAAUUCUUAAUAAUGAAAAUAAAAAUUGGUCUAUAUCAAAUGUUAAACUACAAACAAUAAUUGAACAAGAAGCAAACCUUCGUUUAUUUACAUUGACACAUGAUGAAUUUGAUCAUGUUCUUGUGCAUUUACAAUCAUUUAUAACUUAUAAUUCUUCAAUGCCAUCUCCAUUCGUACUUAAUAUUGCCUUAACAGGUGAACAAAAAUAUGACUACGAAUUAAAAAUAUCUUCGCGUUUAAAUAAAAUAAAUUUAAAUUUUGAUAUUAUUCAAUAUCGUGCUGAAUCAUAUAUGAUUGGUUUAGAUUUUUUCCUUGGCAACAAUCAAAUGAUUAAUAUUGAUAAUCAAGAUGAAUUAAUUGAUACGUUAGAUAAUAAAAUUAUGACAGAUGAAUAUCAACUCUAUCCCUAUAUACUUCUUCAUGCUGAAGCGGCAAGUACAUUUUUUUAUAUUGUUCAUUCACCAAGUAACUAUUCCGUAUUAACAUCGAAUAAUUUAUGUUAUAAAACUUAUUCGAAUUUAAUGAAAUUUUUACAACCUGGAUAUGACCCGACCAAUGAUGAACUCAUGAAUUCUUCUUCGACCAUUCGACGUCCAUCGCCUGUUUCGUAUGAUUUUACACGUUUAAAUUUAUGUAAAAAUUGUCAUCGUUCAUCAACAAAUUUUUCAUUUCAAGUACCACUAACGAGUUUUACUCGUAUACCACAACGACAUUUACCUUCUGAUUAUACUCAUUCGUCAACAUCACAUUAUAUCUAUCGCGGUUGGAUGAAUAGACGAACAUCAUCGUAUGACGCGAAUUUAAUUACCUAUGAUGUACAUACGCAAACCGAUGAUAGUUUUCUUGAACUGUCAUCAUUGCAAACAUGUUUAGCUAUGCAUCGUUCGUUAUUAUCAAUGUUUACAAUGAACAUGGCAUUAAUUAUUAAACUUUUACUUAAACUCUAUCCAUCAGUCAAUUAUUGUAUGUUGACAGGAGAAUUUUUUCAAUUAGAAAAGCAAGCUAGACAAGAUUUAACAGCAUUUCUACAAUCGAUUGUAGGACAAAAUACACCGCGAAUAUGUCAACUCAAACGAGAACCACUGAUAGCUGCACUUGGUUGUGCACUACCUCGAGUAUAUUUUGAUGUUCUUGAUGAAGAAGGAAUUGUCGGAAGUGAUUGUAUUAGUUAA